CCUUAUGAAAAAUAGAAAUAUCCAUUUUUAUUGAUGUUUUUAUGUACACUUAUGUAAAAAAAAAAAAACUUUAAAAAGAUUCCAUUUGUUGAAGAAACCAAAACUGAGUGCGAAAUUAACACUUCACAUAAAAGUCGUGUUCUGGGCAGAGCCCCAUACCGUGGUCUGAUAGCGUUUCUGUGCAUGAGAGAGAGAGAGAGAGAGAGAGAGGGGUUGCACGAAAAUGGCCAGAUUAUCUUCAUCAUCACUCAGGGGCCACAUAUGCAAAAGACUCCUCAUGACAUCCACAAUUGAUAUCUCUCUUGUUGCAUCAGUGUUACAUACCAACCGACACAGACACACAGUAACCCUCCAAACCUUUCCUCUGAUAGAAAUAAGCAACUCCACAGUAUAUUGGGGAAGCUCUGGAGCUCCUCAAAGGAGAAGACCGGAGGAAUAUGGCGACACCUCAAUUCUUGAAGCCCAUCUUGCCUCCAUUUCAACAACUUUCUUACAAUGUUGCUACCUCCGGACAUGCACGGAUAGCCAGAUUAUCUUUGCAACACCCACCGGCUGUCUAGACUCAUCCUGACAUCCACAAUAGGUCUCUCUCUUGCACCUGUGUUACAGUGACCCUCUAAACCUUCCCAUGUUAAAGAAGUAAGCAAACUCUACAGUAGAUUAAGUUGGAAACAAGAAGGGGGAGGGGAAGGGGGAGGGGGAGGAGAGAAGAGAAUACCAACUGAAAAUGGCGACGGAACCUCGAUUCUUCAAGCUCAUCUUGCCUCCAUUUCAACAACUUUCUAUACCGAAGGCGUUUCUGAAGCAUCUGAUGGAUGAGAUGAGUGAGGAGGGAGUUGGAGAAGCCACAUUGAGGAACCGUCAAUGUGCCCAGAAAUCCUGGCAUGUGAAGGUGAAAGGGUUCUGUUUUACAAAGGGCUGGAGUGAUUUCGUUCGUGAUAAUGAUCUUGGCUUCGGUGAUUUCUUAGUGUUCACAUAUAAAGGCUCCAUGAUCUUUGAUGUUAAGGUCUUUGACCGAAGUUGCUGUGAGAAAAAACAUCACCCACCAGCAACCCCUACUAAAAGGGAAACCCAGAAGCGUCAAGAGAGAGACAAUAACCAACUCGAGGAGGAAGAAAUCAAGAUUAUCAAUCCUCCAAAUAGGCGAUUCAAGACUCGUUGGAAUAGAUCAAAGGUAGCCCAAGGUUCAUUUGAAAUUUUAUUAACAGAAAAUAGAAUGAAGAGAUCACGUUUGAGUAUUCCCUAGAAAUUUGCAGUAGCUCAUGGUUUGAUUGGGAAAAUCUUUCAAUCUUUUUUAAGAGAUGAAAGGGGGAUUUUAUGGCCCGUGAGACUGGUCCAAGAUAGUGACCGGGUGCGCUUUGGGUGUGGUUGGUUUGAGUUCUUAUCUGGAAAUGGCUUGAAAGGAGGAGACUCUUGUGUUUUCAAACUUGUUGACUCUGGAAAGAUGUCUGUAAUUGUAUGUGGAAUCUUCCCUCAACUUUUAAUCCAAACAUAUAUUUAAUUCUUUUCUUUAAAUGGUUAUUACAGAUGUAGAGGAGUUAAAAAUGCAAUUGUGCUUGAUGUUAUCGUAUCAACCUCAACAUCUUCCUCCUCCUCUUAUGAUGAGGAUGAUGAUGAUGAUGAUGAUGAUCGGUGAUGAUGAAUGGGCUCCUCUUUUGAAUUUGAAGAACAAUGACAGGAUUAAGAUUAGACCUCACCAUUCAUUCUUUGAGAUCUCACUCAGGCCAUUUAACCUUAAGGAGUCACGCUUGGUUGUUCCCCGGCGCUUCACAAACUGGAAUGGUCUAAUGGGGAAAAGCUUCACAACAACUCUGAGAGAUGGACAGGGAAGAUCAUGGAAGGUGGAGUUGAAACACAACAUUUUCAAUAGACCUCUCUACUUAUGUGGUGAUUGGGCUAAGAUCUUAGCUUUAAAUGGAUUGAAAGUAGGAGAUAUCUGCAAGUUUGAGCUCAUUCGCAGGGAAAAGUUGCAGGUCAUGGAGUUCCGCAUGGUAUGAACUUUAAAUCCGGCCAUGGAGAGUUUGAGUUAAUGAAGAAUCAACUUACACUGUACAGGGACGCUUAACCAUGCUGUGCUCAAGGUGUUCCAUGUUCUGUUUUUGAGUGGUUGAAUACACCACCUAUGCAAUAUAUUCACUUAUGUUUUAAGAAGGAACAAAAAAUGUCUCAUCAUUUCAUCAAAGUAAUGGACAAUAGACCUUUUCCAUA